AUGAUAAAUCGUCCAGUUAUAUCAAAAAACGUUCGUAUCCUGAACAUACCAAGCAAUGAUGGAUUGACUUUGAAAGAACUAACCAAAAAAUUCCUGAAGAUAGUCAAUAUAGGUCAGUUUUGGAUUGGUAUUUCUAAUCGUAGUAAUAAACUUAGUGAGGCUUUUUUAAGAUAUGAUAUAGAAAAUGAUCCUAAUCCAUUAGGUUGGAUAAACAGUGGAGGAAGCAAUUCGGAGGCAUCUGGUUUCAAGGUACUUGUGGAGGAUGCUUAUGGAGGAUCUAACCCACUUACAAAGUUGAUUAAGGUCGAAAUGUCUGGCUUUUUUUGGGAACACUACCUGGAAAAAGGGAAAAGACAUUUAUAUGAUCAUAACAGAAAACAUAACUCAAAUGUACGUCUCAUCCGUGGACAAACGAUUCGAGUGGGAGACCUGAAGAGUUUAAGGAAGGAAAAAUGCCGGGGUGGUAGUCUCUCAAAGUCUUCCUUAUUGGCACAAGGAGAUCGGAAUUCCAAGAUUGAAAAAUCCACGAAUGCGGAUCGUGGUGUAGGACGUAAAAGGGAAGCGCAUAGAGAAGAAAGUUUUCUCUCAAAAAUGAGCAGAUGUGAGGUCGCAGUCGAAAGUCAAGAUGAAUGA